UACAUUUAGAUUCGCAAGGCAACCUUGAAAUUGUGCAGUAUAAAUACGAGCGACACAAAAUGAUGAUCAUUAAGUUUCAUCGAACUUAACACUAAACAGUUUGAACAUGUUCGCUAAGAUCGCCAUUUUGUGCGCUGCUGUUGCAGCUGUUCACGCCAGUGCCCUCCUUCAUGGACAUGCCGCCCUAGUCAGCACUGGCGCCAGCGCAAGUUCUAGAGCUCAGGAUGCUAUCGGAAACUAUGCUUUCGGAUACGAUAUCGUUGAUGGACUUGGCGCAGCUAACUCCCGAUCCGAAGUCGGCGAUGCUCAUGGUAACAAGAAGGGAUCUUACACCAUUGCUGACAUUGAUGGAAGAGCCAGGCGCGUUGACUAUGUUGCUGAUGGUCUUGGAUUCCGUGCCACCGUCAAGACCAACGAACCUGGAACUGCUGCCAGUGCUCCAGCUGCUGUUCUCGUCGCCAGCCCCUACGCUGCUCCCGUCGCCCCUGUCGUUAACCACGUCGCUCCAGUGGCACAUGCUGCUGUUGCAGCUCCCUUAGCUCAUGGUCUGUUGGGCGCUGGUCAUUUAGGCUACGGUCUUGCUGGGGCUCAUGGUUUAGUCGCCCCUGGUCUUUAUGGACAUGGUCUUUUGACCCAUGGAGCAUUGGGACAUGGCCUUGGACAUUUAGCUCUUCAUUUUUCAUCGAACUUAACGUCAAAGACUUUCAACAUGUUCGCUAAGAUCGUUCUUCUAUGCGCCGCUGUCGCAGCUGCUCACGCUAGUGCCCUCCUCCAUGGGCAUGCAGCCCUAAUUAGCACCGGUGCCAGCACAAGUUCCAGAGUUCAAGACGCUAUCGGAAACUAUGCUUUCGGAUACGAUAUAGUUGAUGGUCUUGGUGCCGGUAACUCCCGAUCCGAAGUAGGCGAUGCUCAUGGUAACAAGAAAGGAUCUUACACCAUUGCUGACAUUGAUGGAAGAGCCAGGCGCGUCGACUAUGUCGCUGAUGGUCUCGGAUUCCGUGCCACCGUCAAGACCAACGAACCUGGAACUGCUGCCAGUGCUCCAGCUGCUGCUCUCGUCGCCAGCCCCUACGCUGCUCCCGUCGCCCCUGUCGUCAACCACGUCGCCCCACUCGCACAUGCUGCUGUUGCAGCUCCCUUAGCUCAUGGUCUGUUGGGCGCUAGUCAUUUAGGCUACGGUCUUGCUGGGGCUCAUGGCUUAGUCGCCCCUGGUCUCUAUGGACAUGGUCUUUUGGCCCAUGGAGCCUUGGGACAUGGUCUUGGACAUUUAGCUCUUCAUUAAAUAUUAAUUCAUUUAAAAAAAAAAUUAUGGAAUGCACAGAAGAUUUGGGAUAUAUUAAAAUCUUUAACCUCAGGAGUUGCUCUUGUGUGAUAGAUUUCGGAAAUGAAAUUCAUGAUAAAUUCUAAUUAAAUCCCUUGAUUGAGCUAACUACGACGCAAGGAGGAAGAGAACGAAAAAUGUUUGCUGUAUUGAUAUCAAAUUUUGUGCAUUGAAAUUUAGGCAUAUCAAUUCAUUGUAAAUAAAUACUUAAUUUCGUUUUAUA